AUGGCGGUGCGUGAACGCGCGGCGGCAGCAAUGGCCGCUCUGGAGCGGCGGGUGCCGAGUCUCGAUGACUUCGCGGGACAGAGCUGGAGCUCGUGGGUGGAACGGGCCGACCUGCCCGCGGCCGACGGGGCUGAGUUGGAGGAGAGUAACAAAAACACAAAGAAGUUGGAUGCCAUGACCCUCAUUAAAGAAGACAUGUCCAUCUUCGGGCACUGCCCUGCCCAUGACGACUUCUAUUUGGUUGUGUGUAACCACUGCAGCCAAGUGGUGAAGCCUCAAGCUUUCCAGAAGCACUGCGAAAGAAGACAUGGGCCCCUCAGCAAGCUUUACGCCCGGGCCCCACCCCCACCUCCAGCCCCUGCCAGCUCUCAGAAAUGCCAUGUAGUGAAUGGGCAGGGCCCAGCUUGUAGGGCCCCAGGUUCCACCAAAACCUCCAGGGAGAAGGGCCAGGGGUCCCGGAGCCGUGGCCACCAGCCUCCUGAUAAGACACAGAAGGACAACCUCUGCCUUUUCGUGCCUGUGGUGAAUCUGGAGAAGAUGUCCAGUCUCCCGAAGCCCGAUGGACACGGAAUCAGGGUGGCCCCGCCCUCUGCUUUCCUCAGCCAGCCUGGCGGCCUCACCAAGGACUCCCCUGGAAAAACCCCCAUGGCAACCCCUUCUAAAGAACCUCCUGGGAGAGAGAGCAUCGAGAUGACCCCCAGCGAGGGCCCCAGUCACCGGGCUGAAGGCAGCCCCCCUGAAAAGGAGCCUGGUGGGGCCAGACUGCCCCCCAAAACCCACCGGAAGAUGGCUCGGAAGGAGUGCGACCUCAACAGGCAGUGUGGGGUAAUAAACCCAGAGACCAAAAAGAUCUGUACCCGCCUGCUAACCUGCAAGAUCCACUCAGUGCACCAGCGCCGGGAGGUCCAGGGCCGAGCCAAGGACUUUGAUGUGCUAGUGGCAGAACUGAAGGCCAACUCUCGCAAAGGGGAGUCUCCCAAGGAGAAGAGCCCAGGGCGCAAGGAGCCCACUCUUGAGCGCCCCUCCCAGGAGCCCCCCUCUUCAGUCCAGGUUAUGGCAGCGGCCGCCCCCAGCAGCACCUUCUCUGCUCGCGCCAAGCAGACCUACCCAUACUGUGCACUGCCCAGGUCCCGGGCCUCCUCUGAGAGUGAGUUGGAUGAUGAAGGCCCCUGUGGUGGUGAUGGGGACCCAGGCCUGUUCCCCUUUCCCCUGCCCCGGGGUGGGGCCCAGGCCUCCAGCGAGGAGAGUGAGGAGGAGGGGACAUCUGACGACCUCCACCUCCCCCCUGACUGCCAUUAUGCAACCCGGCCCCCGCGGCCACAGGCGUUCUGCACGUUUGGGAGCCGGCUGGUGAGUCCAGGAUGCUACGUGUUUAGCCGCCGGCUGGACCGGUUCUGCUCAGCACUGAGCUCCAUGCUGGAGCGGCACCUCAGCUCACACAUGUGGAAGAAGAUCCCACCGGCGGCUGAGCCUCCAUCCCACCUUGUCAGCUCCGCACUCGCUGCUCCCCUGAGCCCAUCCUCUACUGGCAGCUGCCCCCGCCUUCCAGGCCCACCCCUCAGACCUGCCUGCCCAGCCUCCACGCCCCCCGCCAAGGACGGCCUUGUCCCCAGCUACCCUGCAGGCUCCCCCAGUGUGGCAGCUGCCUGCAGCCAGGCGGAGUGCAUGGGUGGGAGCCAGGCCAUCACCUCACCACUGCCUGCCAACACGCCAUCCCCAUCCUUCAGCAAACUCCCACCUUCGAAGGCCAGCAAGUCAUCCAAAGGCAAGGAUGGGGCUGAGGUGGAGGCCCCUUCUCGAAAGCGAAAGUUAUCACCAGGCCCCACUACUUUCAAACGGACCUGCAUCCUGGAUCCCCCUGGAAAAGGCAAACCCUCUGGCUGCCGGGGCCUUUCGGCCAAGACUAAAACUGCCCUGGGCAUGGGGCUUAAUGGGACAGUGGGGCCAAGAGUGAAGCGGGCAGGGCCCCUGGACUGUCGGGGUUCCCCUCAUCAGCCCCCUACUCCAGUCAAGGCUUCUCAGCUGGACAACCGGGGAGCGGCUGGACACCCAGCCAAGGCCCUGCCAACCAAUUGCCUCUCUGAGGAGGAGGUAGCCAAGAAGCGGAAAAACCUGGCCACUUACUGCCGGCCAGUGAAGGCCAAGCACUGCCAGGCUGGCGCCCCUGCUGAUGCGGCCUGUUCUGUGCGCCGCAAGAAGCCGGGUCCAGCCAUGGCCUUUGAGGAGAAGUGUUCUACACUGAAGGUACCAGCCCAGCUCCCUGAAGAGCAUGGGCAGGGAAAAGUCAGAAUGGACGAGGGUAGAAUACACAGUGGGGACCUGACACAGAGAAGGUGCUAAGUAAAUGUUUGUGUAGGGAAGGGAUGAAAGAGGAAAUUGAGACAGUUCCUGGGCCAUCUUCUCUAGGGAGAGGUAGGUCAGCUCUUCGAAAGGUAACCUAGCUUUUGUUUGAUGGGCCUCCCUCUAUCUCCAGCCCUCUCCCUUGAGCUAAAGAGAUGCUGCCUCUCCCCUGCCCGGACCCCUGCUUCUGUUUUAAUCAAAGGGCCACUUUCUGAAUUGGCUGUGGCCUUCACACCAGGAACUAGAGCUACCUCUGUCCCCUGAAGGAAAGGCAGUUGGACUCCAUGAACUCUGAUGGGAAAGGUUUGGGCAAUGGGGUGGAGUCUGGGUUGCCAAGCUGUGGCCCGACAUGCUGGGCAGCAGGGUGGGCAGGCUGGUCCAGUUCUUUGGUUCUGCCUCUGGGCAUCAGGGCAUGCAAGGGCAGGAACACCACCCAAGGUCCACAUACGUAUAUGUGUCCACCUUGCACAUGUGCCCACUUCCGGGUUUUCAGGGGCUAGGCGAGUUUUCCAGGGUUUCUGGUAAAGCCAGCAGCCAGGUUUAUGUGCCUCUUCUGAUGGCAGCCCUGGAGUAGCAUUAUAUGGGCUAUCCAUUUGAUCUCAGCCAGGAGGGACUUACUGGCGGUGAGACAGGGGAUGCCCUUCCAGUUCAGGCACGGGCCAGAUGUGUACCAUAUCCUCUGGCACCCAUAUGAAAGGGUUUGGGGCAGUGCCCCACACGUGUGUGCAUGUGUACAUGGGUGUUUUCAGGCUGUCCCUGUUGGGCUGGCAUUCAUCUCUCCCUUCACCCUUCACCCGGCUUCCCUCACCAGCCCAGCAGGAGAAAAGCAAGCUUUAGCUCCAAUGGUCCACACAGUGCACGGGUAGGAGGCCUGCUAGGCCCCCCAGCCUGACCGUGUCUCUUGCCUCUUGUCUUCCUGCAGUCUAAAGCCCAUUAACAAGAAAGUGCCUGCCCACUGCGAUGGAGCCGCCAGCACCUCCUCCCCUCCAGAUCCGGGCCCCAGGCUGCUGCCGCUUUUUAUAACUUUAUAUUAUUUUUUUUAAGAAAAAAAAAAAAAAACUCUUUAAAAUACCUCAAGACUGUCUCCCUGUUCUGUUGCUGCUAAGAAAAUGUAAAAACAGAAACGUAGAAAAGGAAGGAAAAAGAUGUAAUAAAAUGAGUGUCCUUGCUGUCCCCAUCCGCACCCCAAGAGGCCAAGAUGAUGGGCAGCCAGACUCCAGCUCCCAUCUCUUGCCUGCAGAUGUCUCUUAGCUCUUAUAUUUUUGUCCUUUUAAACAAUGUGGAAA